CAGAUUGCACAAUUGCAUGAUCAGUUCAUCUGAUCUAUUAGUCAAAGACACUAAGAAAAAAUCUUCAAACAACUCUUAAGUAACUGAUAAGUACAUUCACACCUUCUGACAUCGAUCGAAGAUCGAAAAAAAUAAUCUACUAACUGGUAAAAUACUGGGAUCAUUCAGUGUGGAAGAUAAUGURUCGCAGAAGAAUGAUACUCGGGAUUGCACGCACUUUCAUCUUCUAUUCCUUCAUUGCCAUCUUCUCAACCACAG